CAAAAUUGUGCAAAUGUUUAAAUAAAUGAAAAGUAACGUAAUAUGUUAAGAUGAUCUUAAAACAAGUUAAGAAACGUUGCUUCGUCGCAAAAUUAUAUCCCAAGGUUUCGAUAAUCGAACGUUUCAUCAAGGUAAAGAAAAAACUGAAAUUAAAAAAUAUUACUCUACCGCAGAUGACGCGGAAUUGUCUGAAAGUCUGGAAAAUAAGAAAAAGUAAGUAAUAAUUCAUCGAAACGUGAAGAUUGAGAGCGAUUUGCGCUGGUAAACAGGUAGAAUUCAAACGGAGGAAGAGGAAGAGAACGAGUGGGAGAGGGCGGAAGGUUACACGCAGAGAGAGAGACUGGCAGCACCGGCGCUUCAAGAAACAUAGCCCCGCACCUCUGAUCGCGGUCCUACAACGCUUGUACCAGUUUUCUUUCGCAAGGGCUCCAGAGAAGAAGCAGAGGAGGCAGUGCAAAGGAGUGCACGAGAGAAACUCCGUAACCCGAUCUCGGGGUCCUGACCGCAACGAACGGUUGCACGACGACUGUUACACGACCAUUAUCGUGAGAAUUCAAUGGCCGAAAAAUCAAGGAAGGCGGCGUGGUGCAGAGACGCGUAUCGGCAAGUAGGCUCGAUUUGGUGGACGUAAGAGGAAAGAAGAAGGUAAGAAAGAGGUAUACAGAGAAAAAGAGAAGAAGAAGAAGAAGAGGAAGAGGAAAAUAGUGGUGCUGAAGGUACGCGUCCAUCGUAUGUCGUCGCCGUGCGCUAAGAGGUGAAGUGACGGCGGCGUGGUGAAAACUCGAACUAGAAAGAAAUUCGGCGGUAACCGGUAGCGGAGUAAAAAGCUACCAAGGUGUUCCGAAGCGCAGCAGCAGCUACCCAGGAUGCUGCCCGACGGAGCAAGAAGAUGGCCGUGAUCGGCGAGCAGAGAUAUUACACGGCGAUCCGUGCGAACGCGUACACGGAGUUCUCGUGCCGUAGGUUCGGGGCGAUAGAUUCGGUGACAGACCCAUCGCCGGCCACCUCAUCCUCGACUGUGUCAUCUCGUCAUCGUCGACAGAGGAGAAAGUUGCACCACGUACAGAUAGCUAUGUCCUCUUCACGGGGCAGCGGCCCGGAUUCGGGGGAAGUAAGCGACUCGGAGGAUAGUUACUUGGAUACAGAUCCACUGAGGUAUGAGCUGAGAAACAUACAGAAUGUGAUACACGUUACUCGACAAAAUAUUGACGCUUUGAACAAUCGGUUUGCUGGAUUUCAACAUCCACCUUCCAUAUACUUGAACGAAUACCAAGAAUUAACCAGCAAGUUGCAUGAUCUAGAAUCUAAGGAACAGAAGCUCAAUGAAUUGUUGAACACUGGUCGAGUAUCUGGCAGUGCUUCCACUUCGGAGAGUGAAUCUCGUGAUGCUAAUGCAUCUGCUACAGGUCAACGAACGCCAAUGAAAUCUCUGCUAAGGGCAUAUUUACCUAAUCAACAGCGUACAAGUGUACAGGUUCGUGAAGGACUUUCAUUAAGGGACGCACUUGCCAAAGCAAUGAAAUUAAGGAAUUUAACUACGGAAAUGUGCGUGGUAUAUAUACUGGGUGCAGACUCCAAAUAUCUUACUUCUUGGGAUACAGACAUUUCCUUGCUUGACUGCGAUGAAAUAUCUGUGGAAAUUUUGGAUAAGUUUCCAAUAACUACUUCCAUUUCUCAUAAUUUUGUGCGCAAGACUUUCUUCUCACUAGCAUUUUGUGAAUGUUGUAGAAAACUUCUUUUUCAAGGAUUUUAUUGUAGAACAUGCAAUUAUCGAUUUCAUCAAAGGUGUGCUGGUGGUGUACCUGCUUUGUGCCACCAAGUACGUAUGCAAGAUGCUUACUACCAAGCGUUACUAGCACAUAACCUCGAAAGUACUGCUGGGAUAUUGCAACUUCCUUCUGGAUAUGGAUUAAGUAGGAGUAUGUCCCCAUCUCUGGCUCCGUCGAGAAGUCAAAGGCAUCCACGUUCUUUGGGACAACAAGAUCGUUCAAGCUCUGCACCUAAUGUUUGUUUUAAUAUGGUAAAACCAAGUGGAGAAUCUGCAAAUUUAGAUGAAUACAGUAGAUCUCAGAGUUUAGGUCGUCCUAUUGGUAUCAUACAAAGUGUAGCAUCACCUGGUAAUAGUCCAACCAAACAUAGUCAGUCAACACAGGCUAGUCCUACUAGUACCUUAAGGCCAAAAAGACCAAGAGCAAGAUCAGCUGAUGAAUCAGCCAAAAAUCUUUUAGCACCUAGAGAAUCUAUAGAAGAUUGGGAAAUCCCAGCAGAUGAAAUCUUAAUUGGAGCUCGCAUUGGAUCAGGUUCUUUUGGAACAGUAUACAAAGCUCAUUGGCAUGGUCCUGUAGCUGUAAAGACACUCAAUGUUAAAAUACCUACUGCUGCUCAGUUACAAGCAUUUAAAAAUGAAGUUGCAGUUUUACGCAAAACACGGCAUGUAAAUAUUCUUUUGUUCAUGGGAUGUGUUAGCAAACCACAACUGGCUAUUGUUACUCAAUGGUGUGAAGGUUCUUCUCUAUAUAAACAUUUACAUGUAUUCGAGACAAAAUUUGAUCUAUUUACAUUAAUAGAAAUUGGAAGACAAACUGCACAGGGGAUGGAUUAUUUGCAUGCAAAGAAUAUUAUUCACCGAGAUUUAAAGAGUAACAAUAUAUUUCUGCACGAUGAUCUUACUGUGAAAAUUGGAGACUUUGGUUUAGCUACAGCAAAAACUAGGUGGUCUGGUUCUCAACAAUUCCAUCAACCAAGUGGAUCUAUUCUUUGGAUGGCACCAGAAGUCAUAAGAAUGCAAGAAGAAAAUCCAUACAGCUUUCAAUCUGAUGUUUACGCAUUUGGCGUUGUUUUGUUUGAAUUAUUGUCUGGCCAGUUACCAUAUUCGCAUGUUAACAACAAGGAUCAGAUAUUAUUUAUGGUUGGACGUGGAAAUUUACGUCCAGAUUUAAAUAAAUUACGUUCAGAUACGCCCAAAGCACUGAAGAGACUGACAGAACAUUGCAUCAAAUUUUCCAGAGAGGAUAGACCAAUAUUUCGUCAAAUUUUAGCGAAUUUAGAAGGUCUUUCACGAGGAUUACCUAAAAUAACACGAUCAGCAUCUGAACCAAACUUAAACAGAACGCAGCUACAAUCAGAUGAUUUUAUAUACACUUGUGCUUCGCCAAAAACUCCAGUGAACUUCCAGUUCGGGCCAUUUUCCUUUUAUCCUUCUGGUGGGAACAUAUAAAAGUAUCACCCGAAGUAAUAAGUCUGAUGCAAUUUGCGUAAAAUUAAAAAUAUUUAAAAAGAAAUUCCAAACAAAAUCGUAAUAAACUUAGCUAUGAACAAUCUACGCGAUUCUUUCCGACUACACUUUGACUGUGUUGCAACUGUUUGCUCGAUGUAGAAUGUGAUUAUAUAAUACUUAAUGCAACUAAUAUAAAAAGGAAAAAAAAAAUAUAAGGACACAGAAAUUCAUCUUAUUAAUGAUGUGUCUGAUGUAUUUCAUGGCAAGAACACAUAUGUAGCUUUUACCUUUACAUACUUACUAUCUAUAAAAGAGGGACUUUUAUUUAACGAGUUAUCGCUCGCGUACAAACGAGCAUAUAUGUCGCGUGUUGGUGUAAAACUCUGUUACUUUUGAAGGAUGUAAAUCAACUUAAUCCUUAUGAAGGAUGUAAAAAUAAAAUAAUGGCCCGAUGAACAAUAAAUAACUAUAUAGGUAAAACGUAUGUGGACUACUAAUUAAGAGUUAUACAGCAAAAAAGAAAUGAUACAACUUUCCGACUUGUGUGUCGCAUAAUUUAGGGGAACUCGCAAUAGUGAAGAAAAAAAUUUCAGCGAAAGUUUAUUCGAUGGGCAUCUGAAGCACGCUUAUACGAUCGAUAUGAUACCAUACUCACUAUGUAAUAUUUUGCAUCAUUGAUUCGCGAGUGUAUCCUAAAAUUUAACAUCGAUGCAGCAUUCGUCAAAUGGUAAUAUGUUUCCGAAGCAUAUAAAAGGCCUAAAGGGAUAUCUUUGAAAUUUUAUUACUUAGAACGAGUGAUAUCUUGUUUCUAAAGCACAUGGCAUCCCGAUUUAUUAUUUAUUUAUUUAUGUAUAAUUCAAGUAUAACGAACUGCGAUUAAAAAAUAAAUAAAAAAAAGUAAAAAAAAAGAAAGAAAAAGAAGGAAAAUAAAUAAGUGCCGGAUUUUAAAAUCUUGUCGAGAGUACAUGGUUGCGAGAAAUAGUAAAUAUGUGAAUUGUAGAAGAAGAGAGAACGUGUUUGAAUGUGCGAGGGAGAGAAAGACAGAAUGCAUGUAAAAAUGACGAUGAAAUAUCGAUGAACAUAUUCAUCGGAAUGAAGGAACGCACUUGUCAUUGUUGAUGACACUUUCUCGUAACAGAGAAAUAGUGAACCAUGAAACAUAAUUAACGAUGUUACAAAAAUAUUAUUAAAUGAAAAAAAAGAUAUGAAAAAGAGGAGGAUGUCAUGCAAGGUGCGGGGGGGGGGGGGAUGGCCCUUUAUAAAUGGCUUUCCGAGAUUUUUUUAUAGUGCAAUUUUCUAGACAUAAUAUAAAAAUGAUACGAAUAGAUGCUCUAUGAUGUACAAUGGUUAGGCUGCACAAUACAUAAAAGUUAAAAACUUAUUUCUGCAUUUUUUAUUUGCGUUUACAUUUUGUUUUUGUGAUAUAAUAUAGUUUGAAUCAUGUAGAACGUGUUGUUUGUUAUUAGACUUCGAUGAAGUGUGUUAAUAUUUAGUCAAUAAUGUAAAAUACUCUUCUGCUUUUUAAUUCUAAUUUUUACGAUUUAUUACGAAGUAUAGUAAGAUUGUAUGAUUAAAGAAUGUUUAAUUAUUUAGGUGUAUGUAAUGCACGUGAAGAGAUUAGGAAUACGAUGACAAGAAAAAGUAAACAAUUGAAUUUGUGACCCUCGCGCUCUGCGUCCUCCUCAAUCAAUCUUCCUAUAUGUCACUAUCAAAUUUUAGAAUAUUAUUUUCUCGGAAGACAUUCCUCUGUACAUUGCUUUAAUAUAUAUCGUACAUGUAGAAAAGUUUGUAUGCGAUUGCGAAUGAUAGGACGUAUUUUUUGCGUUGAUCUAAAUACCGAGAAAUAUAUUAUGUGUAUUUUAAAAUUGAAAGAAAUUGACUCUUCGGGACAUAGAAUGAAAAAUAAACCGAAUAAUUUAAUUUACAAAGAACAAAAGAAAUAGGAAAAAAUUGAAACAAUCUUUGUUUUAUGAACUCUCUUAAAGUUGACUUUAAUCUGUCGACGAAGCUGGUGAUUUUGAUACAUCCAAAAAAUUAAUGAGCUCAUUUUUAAAUGAAGUGGAAUAUCUACUUUAAGGAAUAUGUGUUGUUAUCAUAUUGGUAUUGUUAACAGUGUUAUACAUAAGUGAAUUACUAAAUACCGAAAAUUUGCUUUCUUCGAAUUCUGCUAUGAGCCUCAAUCGGGUUUGACACGAGAAAACGAUAGAACGAGAGAUUUUUCGUUUGAUCGAGUCAUCGCAUCGCACGUAUUGUAAUAGGAUUUCGGCUUCGUUUUGGUCACAUUACGCUGAAAUUGCUGUCGAGUGAAAUGCAUGUCUUGUAACGAGCGUGGCUGAGAUUGGAAAUACUUAAUGCAAUCAAUCGCAGCGACCGAUUGAUCAUUGUAUUCAA